AGUUGUUUUCUUUUGCUGUGUCGCGUUAUAAUUACCUCGUGUUUGUGUUUGGUUCUGACUUCUUGUUUGGACCUUGUGGAAAUAUCGAUAUCCCGUCAAGAAUAAUAAAGAUGCAGGCCGUUCUUGCGAGUGCACGGAAAUCAACGGGAAAAGCUGCGAUGGCUUGCUCAGCGUCUGGUGGAAGUUGUACUAGCUUUGUCCAACUGCAAAACGGGUUGUGCGUUGGCCUGCAAAAAGCCACCAGCAGCACCAAUUUUCGAAGUGCCAUCCGUGCGAGGACGCCGCAGCAGCCAAGAAGCGGGGAUCUUGUUCUUUCUCCUUCUCGUCCUCGUGUCGGCACCGUGCUGCAGCAUGCAAUGAGGAAAAGCUGUACACCCAGUACACCAACCAUGAGCAGAAAUUUGUCUUGCACCACUGUCACCUCCAGUGUGAGUGUGACGAAAGCAGGAGACGGCAGGACAAACGUUCGGUGCUUUUUCACAGCGAAAAGUCGCCCUUGGCCGUCAACAUGCGCAUCUACUCUGUGGAGGACCACGAGCACGACGUCGACGAGAAUAAGACGUCCUGAGAUGAUGACUCCUAGAAGUUGUACGUAGUAGAAGUCCUUGAGAGAAGAUGAGCAGCUAAUACAGUUCCAAGUACAGGACCGGUUGAGACUGAGAGCGUCUGCUGUCAAUAUUAAUUUCCUCUGAGCAUUGACGAGAUGAAAGCUGAAAUAAGUGCUACUGCUAUCUGGUGGUCCCUGGCCGCCAUGAAAAAUAUGAGUUGAGAGUGGAAGUGGUGCAGUUUCUUUAUUCCGUUUUGUUGGGAGGUUAAAGAAGGAGCAUUUGUAUUUGAUAAUUUCAAAUUUCCCCACCGGCGCCCAUCUGCAACGUAGUUGUUUUCUUUUGCUGUGUCGCGUUAUAAUUACCUCGUGUUUGUGUUUGGUUCUGACUUCUUGUUUGGACCUUGUGGAAAUAUCGAUAUCCCGUCAAGAAUAAUAAAGAUGCAGGCCGUUCUUGCGAGUGCACGGAAAUCAACGGGAAAAGCUGCGAUGGCUUGCUCAGCGCCUGGUGGAAGUUGUACUAGCUUUGUCCAACUGCAAAACGGGUUGUGCGUAGGCCUGCAAAAAGCCACCAGCAGCACCAAUUUUCGAAGUGCCAUCCGGGCGGGGGCACCGCAGCAGCCAAGCGGGGAUCUUGUUCUUUCUCGUCCUCGUGUCGGCACCGUGCUGCAGCAUGCAAUGAGGAAAAGCUGUAAAACUACACCAACCAUGAGCAGCAAUUUGUCUUGCACCACUGUCACCUCCAGUGUGAGUGUGACGAAAGCUGCAGGAGACGGCAGGACAAACGUUCGGUGCUUUUUCACAGCGAAAAGUCGCCCUUGGCCGUCAACAUGCGCAUCUACUCUGUGGAGGACCAAGAGCACGACGUCGACGAGAAUAAACAUCUUCGACUCUCUGUCUGAAAAGGGUUCAUCUAGAAGCAGCAGUCGUAUUUUUACGCCGGCAUCACAGGUGGACUACUCAUUUUUCCGGAACUCAGAUAGUCGCUUGCUCUGUACUCGUUCGAAAAGCGCCUGCUUCGCUGCAACCUCUGUUUCCGCACCACCUAUAGCGGCGAGAACGUCACCUGCCUCAUCGGGGUCCUCGAGUACCGUCGCUCCACCGGCGCUCGCUGCUGCGUCCUCGGGUGGAGCUGCUGCUGCUCCGGGGGCCGCUCUCGCUGCAGCACAAGUAGGACGUCGAGAGGGCAUGAGAAUAGCAAUAAACAGCGCAGAACUUCUGCAACAAGCCGGUGAAAUAAAGACGCUGGCUUGUUCCUCGAAAGACGAAGGAAUAAAAAAUUUGGAAACAAACAGCACGGAGCUACCACUGCAGCGCGCCGGGCGAGGAACUUUUGCAAGCACUCAUUCACACAUUACGCCGGCAGAAAAAAGUGCAUCGUGCGCCACCUCGUCCACAGUGGCAGCAGCACUCGACAUCGUCCAUGGAACAACUUACGAAGGAGCACCAACUGCGUCCUCGACGUCCAGAAACCUACCCGCAGUUGCAGACUCGAUCGCCAAGCUUUUGGAUUUCAAGCUCCUCUACGAACUCUCCAAGGGAAAACUGACCGUCUGGGUCUGCCUCUCCGCUCUCCCGGGGUACUUCCUGGCCGCUUUACCGGGCGAGUUGACCGUGUUGAACCUAGCAAGCCUCUUCGUCGGCACUGCUAUGGAAGAACACGAAUUUCCUACCGUACACAGGAUACGAAGGGAAAUAUGCAGAGCAAGCUGCUAGAGGAACACGAACAACAAGAACAAACGGACACUCACACUCCGACUUGUCAUGCCAAAUACAUCGAAUAGUGCAAAAAUACCAAGGAAGAGUAAGCGAGGCUUGUCGUUGUCAUGCAAGAAUUUCACGAGUACAUAAGUAUUUCUUCCGAUGCGAUCCUGUCCUGUACUACGGUAAAAACCUUCUUUGUGGAUAGCCGCCCUCUGCUCGACGGCGAGUCAAACGGCGAAUCAAAUUCUUGAGAUCGAUCUGGACAAAAAUAUGCACUUCAAAAGUAUCGUAUUCGUACUCGUAUAAAUGCAUUACAAAUUUUCUCAGCAUGAGAAAUAAAAUUUGUGAUGCGGAUUUACCUUCAGAAAAAGAUUUGCAAUCAUGCAUGAUUGCAAUACGAGUAUGUGCGAUACUUUUGCACAGGAUAAAAAAGAUGAACAGGACAAAAAACCGAGUCCUGGUGCGGAACGCGAUCUCAGUGCCGGAAGCGCAACUCCUGACAGUGGCCAGUCUGAGCGCCGGGUGCGGGAUUCUGGGUAUAGAAGUUUUUGAUUUUAUUGUUCAUUCGCGAGUUUGUACCACAAUUUUGAUUUCUUGCGCAGCUUGACAAUGACGUCGUUUCACGUUCUUCGUUACUCCAAAGGGACGCUUUCUUGCAUGAGCAUGAGCAUGAAAGGAACACGACCACGACCACCAACAAGCCAUCAUAUUUCUUUCACUAUCAGCCCUGCAACACGGCCCGCUUGCGUCCCUCGUCGCGGCGUCCACUUUCGCCAGCUUAUCCAGAAAAAAACACCCGUCACCAUUCAUUUUUUGCAUUGCAAACGCUGCAGAUUAUGGAUGUUUGGCAUGACAAAUUGGAUGGGGGUGGGUGUUUUUUUCCUGGAUACCGCUACGCUUUCGUCUACACGCCGAUGAAACAGCUUUCUUAUGAAAGCCUCAGGUUGGAAAUCCUCAAAGUAGAAAUAAUUUCUAAUGCAAAAAAACGACGCCAGUUGAAGUGCCAUUUGUAGUCGGCGCAUGACAAAUUUCCCGGACACUUCUUAAAGCAUGUCUGUCAUGCUAGUUAGGCAAAGGGGUGCCCUUCUGUCGUGCUAAGCGGCACCUCAAUUCUUCGCCCCUAGCAGGACAAUAGUCGGCCUCCGUUGCGUCCUCUGCAAUACAGUUCUUUUUGCGUCGCAUUUCAUGCAUCACAAAUUAUUUCCACUUUGAGGAUUUCCAACCUGAGGCUUUCAUAUUUCUCCCUACAACACCCACGUUGGGGCCAUCGCGGGGGCGCUCCCAACUUGCAUCGGGUUUGCCGCGGCGGCCGGAGGGACGACUGCUGCUGCUGCUGCUGCGACCACUGCGGCCGCAACAACUCUUCCAGCCCUCGUCCUCGCCAACCCCUGGCUGCCGCAUUGCCUGUACCUGUUCGGGUUUCAGACGCUGUGGCAGAUGCCGCACUUUUACGCGCUCGCCUGGCUGUUAUGGAUUGCAAAUAUGUCUGGGUCUGAAAGGGUGCAAUCUGUAAUGCUGUCUUUGGAUUCCAAGAAAAACUGUAUUGCAUCACCAGCAGCAGGAGCCCAGUCUGUGUUACUUACGGGGAGGGGGCAUUUCUCAUGCGGAGUAGGCAUUAAAAUCUGUGAUGCUAGAUCAUGCAUUACAGGCACCGUGGCUGGUAUUCUAGGUGCAAAGUAUGCAUGACAAACCUGGCAAUCUUCCAGACCCAGACUUAUUUGCGUUUGAUAGCUGUACCGCGAGGACUAUUUGAAGGCGGAAAAGUUUAAGAUGUUUUGCAUCAACGAUGAGACGGGAAAAGAAACGGCCGCGAAGUUCAUCCAGCCGUAUCAAAAGAAGUGAAAAACAAGUUGUCGUGCUGAUGGUGUAGUUUGAAUUGCGAUCAUAAAGCUACUGAGUGACAAGUUUAUCUAUAAGAAAAAUACUAGAAUUCGAAUUUGUGAUGUUCUUUAACUUUACCCACCUGUGUGACAAAUCUGAUCUUCGCUGUUGGUAUGCUAGUAUGUCGUGUCACUGCUAGUCUGCUUGAGCAGCACCAUGAUAUAGUACUUUCCACCUCCACCACCGUCACAGCAACUUUGAAGCUCAAUAAGCCAUGGCUGGUGUCGAUUUUCGCGUAUCCGAUGCUGGGCUACUACCUGGAUUUGGUCCCCGCCAUGUUCGUUUUGAGCACGACUGGGAGCACGGCUGUGUGGGUACAACUACUAAACUGUUUUUGUCAUGCAGUUCGUGCAGAACCACGCCGACUUGUGAUGCACAAUUAUACGGACCAAAGUUCUGCUCUCCACUUCAUCUAUGCUCCAAAAUAAAUACUUUAUCACAGCUCCGCUCUUUCCGUACGUUCCGAAGCAACCCUUCAAAGAAAACUUGCCGGAGUUUUUUCAAGAUGUCACUGCUCCACCUCCUCACCGUGCUGCUGUUCUUCCAGUUUUUUUGCUGCGUGCCAAAGGAGAAAGAGGAAGCUGUGCUUGUGCAACAGUUGGCAGAUCUUCGUGCAGCAGGGAAGAUGAAAAAUGAUUCUGUACAAGAACUGGCGCAAGUUGGAGAUGAAGCCGAGGAGACCUCCGCCACACCUACCGACACAGAUUCAUCGUCUGAAGCCACGGUCUACGGGCUCCAAAUGGACGAUAAUUGCGGGGAAAGAAAUCGCGCAAACCGGCAAACAAACGACGACACAACAACUUGUGCAUCAAGUAAUGUGCCAUCUUCCACCAACAAGCUGCAACUAAACGGCUUCCAUGCAGUCCGGUUCUACAUUCGGGAAAAAUUUUGCAUCCACGAAUGGAUCCACUCUUUGCCGGAUUUUUGUCCGAAGUUUCUCGCCUGAAGACACAAAGAGGUGGACUCUUCGUUGGGAACACGACGAUGAGCAGGAAGCAGGCGAGCAACGUGGUCUUCGCACAAGCUCAUCGGAGGACGCGACGGUCGUGGGCGGGACUGAAGGCCAAGCGUGUCGGCGACGAGGGGGAUUUGAUUUUGAAAAAUAAUUUUGACACCGGUGCAGAUAGAGUUAGAGAUACACUUGUACACCGUACGCAGAACGAAAAACCUUGCUUCGGCUGCUGGCAUGUACCGAAGUUGCAAAAAUUGUGUACUUACUCAAUGACGAGUUCUUCUUCUAAUCUAAGUAUGGUUUCCGCAGCGGCACCAGUACCAGCAGGAAGGGAGCACACUUCUACAGACGGGCGCGACUAUUUGAAAGACGUCCUUGGUAUAAGGUUUUUGCAUCGCUCUAUCUUUAUGAAAAUAAUCAGAGCUGCGACUGCGAGGCUUCCUGCUAUUGUAUAACUCCGCCCUGCACCAGUUCCGCGCCUUUUGCCGCGGUGGCACGGGAUCUUCGAUCUGUGUUAGCUUGGUUCAACGACCAAUCAUGAAGAACUUCUAUCGAUUGACUGUUCGUACUAUUUCAAUUUCUUCAAAAG